AUUUGCAGGUUAUCUUGGACGUGAUGAUUUAACUGCAAAAGCUCUUAUUGAAAUAGAUAGUCAACUAUUUUAUCGAACAGGUGAUCUUGUUACAAUGGAUAACAACGGUCUUCUUCAUUAUCAAGGAAGAAAAGAUCAUCAAAUCAAACUACAUGGACAACGAAUCGAACUUGGUGAAAUCGAACGAUGUUUACUUAACAUCAAAUCCAUCUCUGCUUGUGUUGUCAUGAAAUGGAAUGAUGAUUAUUUAGUUGCAUAUGUUCAAUCAUCUUCUCAUGUGAAUGAAGAAGAAAUACGUCAACAUUGUCAAUCUCAUCUUCCACCACAUAUGGUUCCAUCCAUAUUUACUAUAAUUGAUAAACUACCUCUGAAUCAAAAUGGAAAAGUAGACAGAAAACAACUUCCUUCACCUGACUUUUCUUCAUCGACUUUGUUACCAUCCGAUAUAGCUGAUACUCCCCUUAACGAGUUCGAAGAACAUAUACUCACUAUUUGGUGUCAAGUUCUUCAUUGUAAUGAUAAUCAAAUUUCGAGAACUACCAGUUUUUUUACUGUUGGUGGUCAUUCUCUGUUAUUUAUUGAACUUUAUUAUCAUUAUCAAUCAAUAUUUAACUUUGAUGCUCAUACACUUUCGAUUGCCCCAUUUCUUCAACAACCAACUAUAUUUCAACAUUCACAACUACUUCAUACGGUUAUAAUGAAUAAUAUACAGACAUCACAAUGGCACACGUUACAUAUAAAUGAAGGUAAAAGUGUUUACUGCAACAUUAUCAAAAUAAUUUCUAUUAUUUAA